GGGAUGGGUGCUGCGUGAGGAGCCAGUGGUCUCUGGGGCCGUUUGGGUGGCUGUGUGCUGCAAAUAAAGCGUUUGCUGCUCCGCUGGUAAUGUAGUGAGUUAGUCUGUGUCGAGUUGGGAACAUGACGGGAAGAGCUAGAGCCAGAGCGAGAGGAAGGCCUCCAAGUCAGGAGGCUGCCAUUCCUCCUGUGGGAGCUGCAUCUACUCAAAAGACUUUGCCCAGUCAUCCACCUGGGCAGCAGCAGUCGCUGCAGCUGUGUCGUCCUCCAGCACUGGCAGAAGAACCUGGUGGCCGUGGGCGACAGAGAGGCCCUCAGGAUGCUCCAAAGACACUAGGAUUACAGAUUUCGGCAGGGUUUCAGGAACUGUCCUUAGCGGAUAGGGGCGGACGUCGUCGGGAUUUCCAUGACCUCGGGGUAAAUACUCGGCAAGCCAUAGAACACGUUCGAGAAUCAAAAACUGGCUCUUCAGGUGCUGUGAUAAAAUUAAUUGCAAAUUUUUUUCGUCUCACAUCUCGACCCCAAUGGGCUUUGUAUCAGUACCAUGUAGACUACAAUCCUGAGAUGGAAGCACGCCGCCUUCGAUCAGCUUUGCUCUUUCAGCAUGAAGACCUAAUUGGGAAGACACAUGCAUUUGAUGGAUCAAUAUUAUUCUUGCCCAAAAGACUGUCGAAUAAGGUUACUGAAGUAUUUUCUAAGACCCGAAAUGGAGAAGAUGUGAGGAUCACGAUCACAUUGACUAAUGAGUUACCACCUACUUCACCUACAUGUCUGCAGUUUUACAACAUCAUUUUUAGAAGGCUUUUGAAGAUGAUGAAUUUGCAGCAAAUUGGACGUAACUAUUACAACCCCAAGGACCCAGUCAGCAUCCCUAAUCACAGGUUGAUGGUUUGGCCAGGCUUCACAAGUUCUAUUCUCCAGUAUGAGGAGAACAUUAUGUUAUGUGCAGAUGUGAGCCAUAAGAUUCUUCGCAGUGAAACAGUCUUGGAUUCUAUGUACAGCCUCUAUGAACAGGUUGAAGAGAGAAGAUUUAGAGAUGCCUGUGCAAAGGAGCUGAUAGGUGUAAUUGUUCUUACAAAGUACAAUAACAGAACAUACAGAGUUGAUGACAUCGACUGGGAUGCCAAUCCGCAGUGUACUUUCAGACGAGCAGACGGCUCUGAAAUCAGCUAUAUAGACUACUACAGAAGGCAAUAUAAUCAAGAAAUCAGUGACUUGAACCAGCCUGUCUUGAUCAGUCAGUGCCGGAGGAAGAGAGGAAAUGUGAUGGUAGGACCUGUGGUUCUGAUCCCAGAACUGUGCUAUCUAACAGGAUUAACUGAGAAGAUGAGGAAUGAUUUUAACAUGAUGAAGGACUUGUCUGUUCAUACACGACUUUCGCCUGAGCAAAGACAACGUGAAAUUGGGAAGCUUAUUGACUACAUGAAAAAAGAUGAAUGUGUUCAGAAGGAACUCCGGGACUGGGGUUUAAGCUUUGAUUCUAACUUACUAUCCUUUACGGGAAGAGUUGUUCAAGCAGAAAAGAUCCUUCAGUCAGGAAACGUGUUUGAUUACAAUCCUCAGUUUGCUGACUGGUCACGGGAAACCAGGGUGGCUCCCUUAAUCCGCGCCAAGCCUUUGGACAACUGGCUGCUGAUCUACACACGGCGCAACUACGAUGCUGCCAAUACGUUACUGCAGAACCUGUUCAAAGUCACACCAUCCAUGGGAAUCAGGAUGAACAAGGCAACCAUGAUUGAAGUGGAUGAUAGAACAGAAGCUUAUUUAAGGGUUUUGCAACAAAGUAUUACUCCAGACACGAACAUAGCAGUUUGUAUUUUGUCUAGUACCCGAAAGGAUAAGUAUGAUGCCAUCAAGAAAUACCUAUGUACGGAUUGUCCCAUUCCAAGUCAGUGUGUGAUUGCUCGUACUUUAAGCAAGCCUCAGACAACUCUGGCCAUAGUGACAAAAAUUGCCUUGCAAAUGAACUGUAAGAUGGGUGGAGAACUUUGGAGUGUUGAGAUCCCACUGAAACAAUUAAUGAUUGUGGGCAUUGAUUGUUACCAUGAUACUUUAGCUGGAAAGCAGUCGAUUGCUGGAUUUGUCGCUAGCCUGAAUGAAACAAUGACAAGGUGGUUUUCACGCUGUGUUGUUCAAAGCCGUGGGCAGGAACUUGUGGAUGGGCUCAAAGCCUGCUUGCAAACUGCUCUAAGAGAAUGGUUCAAGUGGAAUAAGUAUUUGCCCUCUCGCAUUAUUGUGUAUCGUGAUGGUGUAGGAGAUGGGCAGCUCAAUACUUUGGUGAAUUAUGAAGUGCCUCAGUUUCUGGAUUGCUUGAAGACCGUUGGUAAAGACUACAAUCCAAGACUGACUGUGAUUGUUGUGAAGAAACGAGUGAGUACCAGAUUCUUUGCACAGGUUGCUGGAGGACUUAAAAACCCACCCCCUGGUACUGUUGUUGAUAUAGAGGUGACCAGACCAGAAUGGUAUGAUUUCUUUAUUGUGAGUCAGGCAGUGAGAAAUGGCUGUGUCGCACCCACUCAUUAUAACGUAAUAUAUGACACAAGCAAGCUGAAACCAGAUCACGUGCAACGUUUAACCUACAAACUUUGCCACAUGUACUAUAACUGGUCGGGUGUUAUCAGAGUACCUGCUCCUUGCCAGUAUGCCCAUAAACUGGCUUUCCUUGUAGGACAGAGCAUUCACAGGGAACCAAAUAUGUUGCUUUCAGACAGACUUUACUACCUCUGAAGUUACCAGUUUAACCAAAAAAGUUCCUUUCUUGGGAAGUUAGAAGUGUAUGGUUUGGGUUGGUUUGUUUGUUCCCAUGAGACACGUGCAUGAGUACGUGCAGCUGUGGGACUUUAUUUUCACUGUAGCAGGAAAAAGAUUGAAGAUAGCAGACCUGUGUUUUGAAUAAGACUUUAUUCAACUGCAUAGAGGAAAACAUUGUUAGAAACUGCUACAGGUUCAUAGGUGGAAUGAAUGCAGUUUGCUGGUUGAGAUUGUUCAUUAUUUUUCUCAUUUAACAAAUGUUCACUUAAUUUCCUGUGAGGAGCAUCAGUAUCUACAUCAGCACUGACUUGGGGAAAAAAAAAAAAAAGUUGUGCUAUUUACAAGGCUUUUUGGUUUUUCACUUCCAAAUAUUUGGAAGGGUUUAGGUGUCCGUUCAGAUUGUAAUUCUGAGGUUCUUGCUGGUAACUGUUGAGCAGGAAUGGCUUAAUUUGUAAGGCAAAACAUGGACUCCUUCAGCUGUUGUGUUACCAGCUAUCCUGUUAAACUCGCUCAGACAGAAGUGUUUGAUUAGUGCUGUUUUUUUGAAACUGACUCACAAACUCUGUUACUUUUCUUUGCAAGAUUCAAAUAAAGUUG